AUGCCCCCGAGUAAAUUUGCAAUUUUGGCCCUGGUCCUUGGCCUGUUGUCAACGGACCAAAAUGGCGGCCGAGCUGACAACGUGGAUAAUAUCCUACCGCAAAAGGUUGCGAGAUUGGUGCCUCGGAGGUCACCCAUGCUGCCCCAAGAUGGUUCAAAUAUAGGCCUGGUCAUGCAGAGUAGAGCCGUAGACACGAGGGUGCAGUUAGAGGUGAAGGAAGGAGAACCAAAAGGUACUUUAGUAGGAACAAUACCAGUAAAACCUGGCUUUACGUACAGAUUCAAUGAACCUCCUCAAGAGUUCACUUUGGAUCCAGUUACAGGCAAAAUUAAAACCGCAAUAGUACUAGAUCGGGAGUCCCUGAGUAGUGAUAGGUUUGAUCUCGUUGUUCUUUCAAGUCAGCCAACCUACCCGAUAGAAGUACGGAUACUAGUUCUCGACAUCAACGACAAUAAUCCUGAAUUUCCAGAAACAAGUAUCGCGGUUAGUUUCUCAGAAUCAGCAGCUGCGGGGACCAAACUUUUGCUAGAUGCUGCAACGGACAAGGAUACUCCUGAGAAUGGUGUCGUCGACGACUAUUUCAUCGUCGAUGGCAAUACCGACGGGAAGUUUCGGCUUUCUGUCACAGGCAAUCCUACAGGGGAAACAUCCUAUCUUCAUUUGGAAACCACGGGGAAAUUAGACAGAGAGCAGGUCGAGUUUUAUUCUUUGAAUGUUUGUGCAAGAGACAGAGGACGUCCGCCGCGAUUGGGUUACCUUUUGGUGAACGUGACAGUAUUGGACGUCAAUGACAAUCCACCGGUAUUUCAACAAAGCGAUUAUGUCGUCGCUUUGAAUGAAAGUGCUCCCGUUGGAACCAAAGUGCUUACGGUGCACGCCACAGACAAAGAUUCCGAUGAUAAUUCAAAGCUGACAUACUAUCUUCCGGAUAUGGAGAGGCAGUUCACGAUAGACCCAGAAACAGGUACAAUUACGACAGCCGAAGCCUUGGAGUGCCCUCAGCAGAGUUGCUCGAUACAGCGACCAGGUGGUGGAUGUCCUAAAAGUUGCGUUAUAACAGUUUUCGCCCGCGAUCAUGGUUCACCAAGGCAAGAUGGACGCACUUACGUCACCGUGAACCUAUUAGAUGCAAACGAUCACGAUCCUGAGAUAAGAUUCAGUUAUUUCCCAGCUAUUGCUGGUUUUGCAACCGUUGACGAGAAUGCGGUUAAAGAUUCUAUAGUGGCUGCAGUUACAGUAAUUGACAACGACGAGGGUCUCAAUGGGGAGACCACAGUCAAAAUUAGGUCGGGAAACGAAUUGGGCCAUUUUAGACUUGGACACAAUGCGCAGAACUUUCAUAUUGUUCGGGUGAACGGCCGACUGGAUAGGGAGGAAAUUCCGAAAUACAACUUGACCAUCGUCGCCGUUGAUAAGGGAACACCGCCGAGAUCGGCUACAGCUUAUCUCGUGAUCCACGUAAACGACGUCAACGAUCACGAACCGGUAUUUCAGCAAAGUGAAUAUUCAGCCGUAUUAUCAGAACUAUCUCCUAUUGGCAGUUUCGUGGCAAGUAUUUCCGCAACCGAUGCAGAUUCCGGGCUCAAUGCAAGAAUCUAUUACGACUUCGACUCGGGUAACGAACAAGGCUGGUUUACCAUUGAUCAAGAUACUGGUUUGGUCACAACAAUCGCGAUUUUAGAUAGGGAAAUACAAGGUAGCGUCGAGUUACGCGUUUCCGCCCGAGAUGGAGGUCCAAAUCCGAAAUACGUUUCAACCCACUUAAGAGUUACCGUUUUAGACGAGAACGACGAAGCCCCGAAAUUCGCCCAGAGUAUCGUUGAAGUAACUCUUUCGGAAAAUACCCCCUCACAUAGUUUAGUGGCCACUUUAUCAGCAGUUGAUAAUGAUCAGGGAACUAAUGGAAGUGUAGCUUAUAGUAUUCAUCCCAGUGUGUUAGCAGAUCAUCCAAAGACCUUUGCUUUGGACGCUUUAACAGGACAGUUAACUACAAAAACUAGCUUAGAUCGUGAAACCACUGCAAAUUAUAGGAUUUUAGUAAUCGCUAAAGACCAGGGUACACCGCCACAAUCAUCGACAGCUACGGUGCUUUUGAAUUUAGAAGAUGUCAAUGACAAUGCUCCUGUUUUUUAUCCACGCACGUACCUGAUGCCAGUUCCAGAAGAUGCCUUGCCAGGAACUUCGAUAGGAAAAGUAACUGCUACUGAUGCAGAUACUCGAGAAAAUGCUCAAAUAAAAUUCACAUUAGAAUCUGGAGGAGAGGGGCUAUUUGUGAUUGACGAAAGAACGGGUGAAAUUAUCUUGCAAGGAUCACUAAGAGCAGCACACAAAAUUCUCUAUGAAUUAAUCAUUUCGGCUAGGGACGCAGGGGAAAAAACCGCAGUCAAAAAUGCGGUUGUGGAGAUCCUGAGAGAAGAGGAUCUUGAACAUUUGGAAUUUGAUACCUACAACGGCUAUGAAUUUCGGAUAGCAGAAGACAUGGGAGAAUGCAAUGAAAUGCCGUCAGGUUUUAGCAGAGAAAUAGGAACUAUUCAGGUAGCUCAGUACAGUAACUCUAAAGUGUCCUAUUCUAUCAUUUUUGGGGAUCCCAAAGGCAAUUUUAAGAUUGACGAAAAUUCGGGAGUAAUCAGCACUGCCGGAUGUCUUGAUCGAGAGCAAGUAGCUUAUUACAGUUUGCAGGUCGCAGCGAGGGCCGGAUUGGCACAUGGUAUAACAUACGUCAAUGUGACAGUCCUUGACAUCAAUGACAACUCUCCUAGGUUUCCUAAGGGAGAACGAGAUGAGAUUUUCCUUAAAGAAAAUGCCGCAGUGGGACAAGAAGUUUGUCUCGCAAGGGCGAAGGAUCGGGACGCAGGCACCAAUGCCAGGAUUACAUAUUCUCUGACACACAAUCCCGCGGAUCAAUUUAGAGUGGCAGAAAAUUCAGGCAUUAUUUAUCUUGACAGGCCAGUGAGAGCCGCACCAGGGACCGUAUUACAGUUAGAAGUAACAGCAAUGGAUUCUGGAAAUCCGCCCCUUUCGGCCCAACAGCAGGUGCGAGUGACUAUCGAAGACGUUAAUGACCACACACCGGUUUUCAAGCUGACGAACUACGAAACUUCACUCCCUGAAUCAACUCCCGUCAACGAGCGCUUUUUUGCACUCGUCGCAUCGGAUAUUGACCUAGGAGCGAACGGAAGAAUUCUCUACAGUGUUACGGACGGAAACACUGAAGCACGUUUUGGGAUUUUUCCUGAUGGACAACUCUACGUCAAGAAUGCCCUAGAUCGAGAGGAACAAGAUUAUUACGCUCUCGAAGUAACUGCUGGCGAUCAAGGCAAUCCAAGUAGAAGUUCGAUAGUUCCGGUCGUCGUGCACAUUAUAGAUGAGAACGACAAUGCUCCUCAGUUUACGAACUCUAGUUUUACAUUUCAUCUCCGAGAGAAUGAACCAUCUGAUACGUUUGUUGGAAAGCUACUGGCUACGGAUCGAGACGUGGGUCGAAAUGCCGAUUUAACAUUUUCACUUCCUUCCACUCAACAGGAUUUUACUGUGGACCCUAGAAACGGAUUCAUUAAGUCGCUUCACGUGUUCGAUCGCGAACAAUUGGUAGCCAACACUGGGGGCAGUUACAUCACCCUCGAGGCUACUGUAGCCGAUAAUGGACUAAACCGCUUAAGAGACAGGGUUAAGGUCACUGUAUACAUUACCGACGUUAAUGACAAUACUCCCAAGUUCCUUCGAAUGCCCUACCGGGUUCAAGUCAGCGAAGGUGCGGCCGUAGGAACGCAACUAUUACGAGUUUACACUUCGGAUGCCGACGAGGGUUUAAAUGGGGAUGUCUUUUACUCCUUAGAAGGCGGCAAUCGGCAGGGUCAUUUUAUGAUCGAUGAAGCCACAGGACAAAUUUCCUUAGCGAAGACCCUUGAUCGUGAGACUCUAGACAUGUACCACCUAAGAGUAGUGGCUCAUGAUGCCAGUAUGGAAAUGCGUCUUUCUUCCAGCGCUUUAGUGCAAGUUGAGGUCCUCGACGAAAAUGACAAUAUUCCCAUAUUCGUCGAUAAUAAAUCGGAGAUAUCGGUUUUAGAGACUACGCCCAUUAACACAGAAUUCCUGAGGUUCAAAGCGACUGAUAGUGACCUUGGAUCUAAUAGUGAAUUAACAUUUGCUAUAACUGCAGGAAACCGGAGAGAUACUUUCCAAAUAGAUCCUCUCACUGGUGCUCUUUAUUUAAGAAAACCUUUGGAUUACGAAGACCUCGUGAGCUAUACUUUAAACAUUACAUGCAGCGAUUCUGGGCACCCGAGGUUGAGCAGCGUAACGACACUACGAGUGGAUGUUAUCGACACGAAUGACAACCCACCCGCCUUUCCAAACACCGCGAUAGUGCGACAAAUACAUGAGGGCGUUGCUGUUCACGGACCGAUACACACGGUUACUGCAGAAGAUCCUGAUUCCGGAGAAAAUGGUAUCGUCAGUUAUGCGAUCGCCCAUCAGGAACCAGAAGAUCAAAAGCGUCGUUUCGGGAUAAACCCUUCGACCGGGGUGAUUCACACGCUUUUGCCGAUCGAUAGGGAGGAAAUCGAUACUUUCAAGCUAACGGUGGUGGCUACAGAUAGGGCGGAACCACCUUCUGCUCGACUCUCUGCUGAGAAAUUGGUGAUAGUAAUUGUCCUGGACGUUAAUGACAAUGCUCCGAUUUUCGUUAGCAUGUCCGCAGCCUUGUUACCCUUAAGAGGAAGUUUGAGUUAUCAGCCUGGGACGGAAAUUCCGGUUGCAAAAUUGCAUGCCAAGGAUUUGGAUUCAAGUACAAAUGGUCUCGUGACUUACGAAUUGUUGAGGUCAGGGGUUAAUUACUCGGACAUGUUUAGAAUUCAUAGAAGUUCUGGUUUGCUGACGAUGAAACUGCCAAGAUCUUUGAAGAAUUUUGAAAGAGCUUCUAGGUAUCAGGUUGGAGUGCGUGCUACUGAUGAAUCUGUCCAAGCUGAAAGGAGAUCUUCUGAAACGUACGUAACUUUGAUCGUACCGGGUGAGGAUGAUGACCCGCCAAUGUGGGAACACAACAGUCAAAUGGAGGGCAGCGUGUACGAAAAUGAGGCGGCGGGUGCGAGCAUUUUACGAUUGAGUGCGCGAACUAGAAGAUCGAAUGUCGAUUUAGAGUAUUACGUGACGAAUGUGACUGCCGGGAAUUGGGGACCACAGGUAGAAAGAUUGUUCGACGUAGACACGAAAACAGGUGUUCUUUCAACGGCAGCAGUGCUUGACAGGGAGGCUGGAGUCCAAUGGUACGAGGUCGAAGUGUACGCGAUCGUUGUUGGCGGAAGCAGGCCGAGCACAGCUUCUACUAAGGUGCGCGUAACAGUACUGGACAAGAACGAUGUGGCGCCUACUUGGGGUUCGGAACCUUGGACAUUCGAAGUUUCCGAGGAGGCACCACCAAACACGAUCGUCACAGUACUAAAAGCGUGCGAUCCGGAUACAAUCGGCACUUUGACGUACACUCUGGUACCAAAUCCAAAGACUGAUGCGAUAGAAGGUGGUAACGUACUGCCGAACAAGGUCGAAAGUCCCUUUAAGCUGGAUCCCACUACCGGACAACUACGAUUGGCGGAAGCUUUGGACAGAGAAACAAAAGAAAAAUAUGUCCUUCGAGCCCGAGCUGACGAUGGAAUACAACACACUGAUAUCACCUUAACAAUUGUGGUAACGGACACAAAUGACAAUGCACCGAUGUUUCGAGCAAUGGCCUACUCAUUCGACGUACCGGAAAACGUGCCAAGAGGAAGUCGUGUUGGUCAGGUCAUUGCAACGGACGCAGAUGCCGAAGGCCUGAACAGUCAAUUAAGUUACGCCUUGAUCUCCGAUUGGGCUAACGACGUGUUCUCCCUGAAUCCAAACACCGGCGUAUUCACGCUUACUGCCAGUCUCGACUACGAACAGGUUCAGCAUUACAUCCUCGUUGUUCAAGCAACUGAUGGUGGAAUUCCUGCUCUGUCAUCCACCGUCACGGUCUACUGCAACGUCGUGGACCUCAACGACAAUGCGCCAAUUUUCGAGCCAGGCCCUUACGCUGCAGAUGUUCUGGAGAACGCCACUAUUGGUACCACAGUUCUAUCUGCGACCGCCCAGGAUCUUGAUUCUGGGGACAAUGGAAAAGUCAUCUAUGCAAUUGCGAGCGGGGACGACAACAACGAUUUCAACAUCGCGCCCAACGGAACUGUCUAUACCAGAAAAUUACUUGACAGGGAAUCAAAACCUCUUUAUAGUUUGGUACUCAGCGCAAGGGACAGUCCUGCACCACCAGCUCAUCCGUUAUCAUCAACUGUGCAGGUUACAAUCGUUCUUCUUGAUGUCAAUGACUUGGCUCCGGAAUUUAUUUCACCAAAUCAGACCACUAUAAUCGAAAAUGCUCCCUUAAAUACAGUUGUGAUGGUCAUCAAGGCUGUCGAUCGAGAUGAUGGACGUAAUGGUUAUGUAGAAUAUUCUUUAGGAGAACAUGGACUUCCAUUUACUUUAGGUGCUGUUGAUGGUCUCUUGCGAGUUUCCGGACCUUUAGACCGGGAGCACAGACCUAAUUAUACUCUGCAAGUUUCCGCGAGGGAUCGAGGAGAUCCACCAAAAUCUUCUUCAGACAGGGUCACUAUUAUUGUACUUGAUGAGAACGACAAUUCUCCAAUUUUUGAUCCGAGACAGUAUUCAGCCACAGUUGCAGAAAAUGCGAGUAUUGGUGCCAGUGUCCUUCAGGUUUCAGCUACAGAUCGCGAUGAAGGUGCCAACGGUAGAGUCCGCUACAGCAUAACGCUUGGCGAUGACAACCGUGAUUUUACAAUCUCAGAAGAUGGCGGAGUAAUCCGGGUCGCGAAGAAUUUGAAUUUCGAAAGAAAGUCCAGAUAUCGUCUUACAGUUCGGGGAGAAGAUUGCGCUCCGGAAAUCGGAGGAAUUUCUCGAGAUGACACAUCCGAAGUAAUCAUCACUGUAUUGGAUAUUAAUGACAAUGCCCCUGUAUUCCUCGAUUCGCCUUACUUGGCUCACGUCAUGGAGAACAUGGUGCCACCUGGAGGAGGAUUUGUCAUUCAGGUCCAAGCUUACGAUGCUGAUACUCCACCUUACAAUGACCAGGUUCGCUAUUUCCUAAAAGAAGGUGACACCGAUCUCUUCAAAAUCAAUGCUAGCACAGGAGAUAUUUUUUUACUUCGACCGCUCGACAGGGAAUUGGUUUCUGACUACACGCUGACCCUCGUAGCUAUGGACACUGGUUCACCACCUUUAACCGGAUCAGGGAUCGUCAGAAUUGUUGUACUGGAUGUAAAUGAUCAUAGUCCGGAAUUCGCUCGACAGGAAUACAAAGUUUCAGUUACUGAGAAUUCACCACCUGGUACUUGGGUAGGCAACCCUGUGGCGACUGACAAGGACGAAGGACUCAAUGCCAAAAUUCGAUAUAGUCUCCUAGGAGACAAGGCAGAAAAAUUCUCUGUGAAUCCUGGUACAGGCGAGAUAGUCGCUGUGGAACCUCUCGACAGGGAACAGACAGCCGUUUACCACUUGACGUUGGUGGCGCAAGACUCCAGCCCAACCGAACCGCGUGCAUCUGCCGUCAAUCUGACCAUUUCCGUGACAGAUUUAAACGACAAUGCACCUCGAUUUUCCAGCCCGAGAUAUACAGCCUACGUGCCGGAAGGCACUAAACCCGGGGAUUUUGUCUUCGGAGCCAAGGCGAUUGAUGACGAUGAUGGUGAAAAUUCCCGAAUCGUUUACCGUCUCAAAGGAGAAGAUGCAAAGCGAUUUAUCAUCGACCCACACAAUGGAGUUAUUAGAUCAACUCAAGAAUUGUCGAGCAGUGAAAGCACAUACCAAUUACAAAUUCAAGCCUCUGACUCUGGUGCCGAGCCUCAAACAGUCACGGCUGACUUAGUAAUUCACCUGUGGGAGAGACAACUAUUCCCGAGCUUCCGACCUUCGAUUAAUACCAGGUUCACGUUACCAGAAGAUGUCCCAGAAGGUCGAAUUAUUACAACACUCAGCGCGACAACUCCCACUUCUGGCGCAGCGAGUAAUUUGGUUUUCGGUAUGGCUGGAGGAAAUGUUGGCGAGGCUCUCAGAAUUGAACCCCAUACUGGAGAGGUUUUGGUAGCUUCUGGUUUUGAUUUUGAAACCGCUCCCCAUUACGAGGCUUGGGUGGAAGUUCGGGAUUCCGGAAAUCCACCUCUGCGAAGUGUCGUUCAAUUGUUAGUCAACGUCACAGACGCCAACGACAAUGCACCAGUAAUAGAAAAUGCAAUUUACAACGCGACUGUACCAGAAGAUGAAUAUCCACCUCAAUUUGUAACUAAAAUAUCAGCAAGAGAUGCAGAUUCCGGGGAAAAUGGCCAAGUCACUUAUCACCUGCUUGAUGACUUCGAGGAAUCUUUUACCAUCGACGAGAAUUCAGGCGAAAUUACCACCAAUAAUAAAUUAGACAGAGAAGAGAUAUCUUCCUACGAGCUGAUUGUUCAAGCAAGAGAUCAUGGCGAACCAAGACUAACUGGCACAACAACGGUCCUCAUCACUGUUCUCGAUAAGAACGACAAUCCACCUCGUUUUACAAGAUUGUUCAGUGUCAAUGUUACAGAAAACGCUGAGUUUGGAGCUUUCGUAAUUAAAAUUACCAGCAGUGAUCAGGACAUUGGACAAAAUGCAAAUGUCACCUACAGUUUCACAGAGAAUUCGGGAGGGAAGUUUGCCAUUGAUCCUUUGAGUGGAAACGUCACGGUCACUGGACAUCUUGAUCGUGAAGAACAAGAUGAAUAUCUUCUCAAGGUCUCCGCAGCUGACGGAGCUUGGGCAGCAGAAACACCCCUGACAAUCACAAUCCAAGACCAGAACGACAACUCUCCAGAAUUCGACAAAGAAUCCUACCACUUCCACUUUCCAGAACUACAGCGACAAAUGGCUUAUGUUGGUGAAGUAACAGCCACCGACAGAGACAAGCAGGGUCCAAAUUCCGUGAUAUCGUACAGUCUUCUCCAACCGUCAGAUCUCUUUACAAUGGAUCCAGCAACUGGAGAUAUCUUCAGCAAGAGAACUCUAAGAUACAAACACACCCAUAGAUCAUCUUCGCCAGAAAACGUCUACUCUUUGACUGUCGUAGCUACAGACAAUGGAAAACCACCCAUGUCUUCUAAAACUCUAGUCUACAUCAGCAUCGUCGACGCCAACAACAAAGCUCCCAAAUUUGAACAGCGAUCAUACCUAACACCUGUACCAGAAGGUUUUCCAAUGGGUAAGCGUCUCAUGCAGCUCAUCGCUACUGAUGAAGCAGACUUUGGAGUCAAUGCUGAAAUUGAAUAUUCUCUGGCUAACGGAAAUGGUAGCGAGUUCUUUGGCGUGGACCAAAAAUCAGGUUGGGUCUAUGUGAAGAAGGCUCUAACCUCUCUCAAGUCGGGAACAACCUUCGUUUUGAAAGCACGUGCUCUUGAUAAGGGCGUACCGCCUCAAAUGGACGAAGUGCCAUUAACUUUGGUAAUGACUGGCGAAAACCUUCAUGCUCCAACUUUCGCUGCUGUUAGCUAUCAAGUCCGAGUUCCCGAAAACGAACCAAUUAACACGACAAUUUUGACAGUGAGUUCUGUUGAUGGAGAUGAUGGACCGAACGGAAUGAUUCGUUAUAGAAUUUCCGCUGGAAACGAGCGUCAGGAAUUCUCUAUUCAUCCCAUCACUGGUGCGAUUACGAUCUUGGAACCGUUGGACUAUGAUACCAUUCAAGAAUAUCGUCUCAACAUCACAGCAACCGAUUUAGGCUUCGAGUCCAAACAAGCGAUCGCCACUUUGACUGUCAACGUUUCUGACAUCAACGAUAACCCACCGACAUUUAACCAGAGUCUCUAUGAAGCUUAUCUUCCAGAAAAUUCGCCACCGAAUAACUUUGUCUACAGGGUUAUAGCGAAAGACAUCGACUCCCCGAAGUACGCAGUCAUCCAGUACAAAAUUCUCGGCGGGAGUGGAAAGGAACACUUCCAGAUUCAACAAGACACUGGAGUGAUCAUUUCUAAAAUCAGUUUCGACUACGAAGAGGCUAACGAUUACACAUUGGAUAUCGUAGCUGCAAAUCCGGAUACAAAUCCUCAAAUGGUUGGGUUUACAACCGUUCUUGUUCACAUCACCGGCAUGAAUGAAUUUUAUCCAAAGUUCGUUCAACCAGUGUUCCAUAUGGAUGUUUCCGAAAGCGCAGAAGUAGGAACAUCAGUUGGAUUCGUUCAAGCAACAGAUCAAGAUGCUGGAAACGAUGGAAGGGUGUAUUACCUUUUCGUUGGAUCUUCAAACGACAAAGGAUUUGCAAUUGGACCAGAAUCGGGAAUGAUUAGCGUUUCUAGAAGAUUAGAUCGGGAAACGCAGAAUCGAGUUGUGUUGACUGUUAUGGCCAAAAAUGGAGGCGGGAUUCGAGGAAAUGAUACUGAUGAAGCUCAAGUGAUUAUCUCGAUCCAAGAUGGCAAUGACCCACCAGAAUUCUUGCAGAAUGUUUAUGAUGCAAGCGUUUCUGAAGGAGCUGGGCAAGGAACGAGAGUCUUGGCAGUUCGCGCAGUUGACAAGGACGUUAGGCCGCAGAAUAAUCAGUUUUCCUACUCAAUUAUCGGUGGAAACGUGGGCCAGGCGUUCAAGGUCGAUCAGCAAACUGGCGACAUCGAGACGGCGAAACAACUAGACCGUGAAACUGUGCCCACGUAUGAAUUGAUAAUCGGCGCCAUAGACACUGGAUCGCCGCCUCAAACCGGCACUGCAACCGUUCGAAUCGAGCUCUUGGAUGUUAAUGAUAACGGACCUGAUUUCGCUUCCAGUGAAGUGAUCGGUUAUGUUAGCGAGAACGAACCGGCUGGUACUAUUAUCAUGACCCUCACGGCUAUGGAUCCAGAUUUACCACCGAAUGGAGCUCCAUUUUCAUAUAGGUUGGUUGGGGGAAGGCAGAGCGAUUUAGUCAGUUUGGAUAAACAUUCCGGGGUUCUGAGGACUACGAAAAGUUUGGAUAGGGAGAUAACUCAACAGUUGGAUCUUGUGGUCGAAGUGGAAGAUUCAGGUACCCCACGAAUGAAAAAUGAACAUACGUUAACAAUAAUCGUCCAAGAUCAGAAUGACUGCCCCUCAACUCCGCGAUCUGUUCACGUAAUGGUGCAUUCCUACAAUGGUCUGACUCCCUUGGGAAAAAUUGCAAACGUCCAUCCAAACGAUCCUGACACCACCGGUGACUACACUUGCAAAAUAUUGCACGGUUCGAACUCUGGCGUGCUCAACAUACCAGUCGGUUGCGAUUUGCAUACCAGCAAAAUUACGCCAGGUCUCGGAUACUCUUUGAGCGUUUCUGGCAAUGACGGUCGACAUCCUGACGUGAUAUCAAAGGUGACAGUCGAUUUUUCAACAUUCACAAACGUAACAGUCGAAAACAGCGUUGCUCUCGAAAUUUCCAAAAUGACAUCAAAGGACUUCCUGAGUCAACACUACCGAGCAUUUUUAGACACCCUUCAAGAAAACAUUAACGUCGGCGAUACUCUCUCAAUCUACAGCAUCAAUGAGAAUGAAGCAAAUCUGGAAAUUUAUUUGGCAAUUGCAACCCCACAAGGCUGUCUUCCAAAAGAGGAAGUUAUUGACUUUCUGACUCGUAAGCAAGAUCAAAUCCAAAGUUUGCUAGAAAGUAAUUCCGUGACUAUUGGCUAUUCUCCCUGCAAACACUCAUCCUGUGACAAUGGGGGAACUUGUUCCGAUGAAAUCGCCAUUUACGAAGAUGCCAGAAUCACCGACAGUCCAACGUUGAUCUUAACAUCGCCGAAAGUAAUUCAGGAGAUGGUCUGUAAGUGCCGAGAUGGCUUUACAGGAGAAAGAUGCGAAAGGAAACAAGAUCCAUGUUCGCCGAAUCCAUGUCAGUUGGGUGGACAAUGUCGUCGAUUGGGAUACGAUUUUCAUUGCACAUGUCCUCUCGAUCGAGAAGGAAAGUUCUGCGAAUUGGAAAGAGGAGACGUCUGUGCAAGCAAUCCUUGUAGAAAUGGAGGUUCUUGUAAGGAAAGUCCUGAUGGUUCGAGUUUCUUCUGCCUCUGCCGAGCUGGUUACAGAGGAAAUCACUGCGAAGCGAUCGCUGAUUCUUGCAGGCCGAAUCCUUGUCUGCAUGGAGGUCUUUGCGUUGGACAGAAACCUGGUUAUCGGUGCAGCUGUUCAGACGGACGUUACGGCAGGCAUUGUGAAAAGUCAACCUUUGGAUUUGACGAACUCUCUUACAUGUCCUUCCCAGCUCUGGACUCCAACACAAACGACAUAACAAUCGUUUUCGCAACAACUAAACCCGACGCUCUUUUGUUAUACAAUUAUGGACCACAGAGUGCAGGUCGUUCAGAUUUCGUUGUUCUGGAAUUAAUUGACGGCAGGAUCGUUUUUUCUUAUGGAGGAGCCAGAAGUGCAAUCACUUCCAUCACGAUAAAAGCUGAAAAAUCUUUGGCUGAUGGAGGAUGGAGAAAGGUAACGGCGACGAGAAAUGGAAGAGUGGUAUCUCUGAGUGUCUCUAAAUGUAAGGAACAUGGUGAUGUUUGUGAUGACUGCAAACCUGGAGAUGGAAUGUGCUAUGCGGAUGAUAUCGGACCUACGGGAACUCUGAACUUCAAUAAUAAUCCUUUGAUGCUUGGUGGACUAGCAAGUGUUGAUCCUCUUCUGGAACGACCUGGCCAAGUCCAUUCAGAUGACCUAGUUGGCUGCGUCCAUUCUGUCUCAAUAAACGGAAGAUCUGUCAAUCUCACAAAUCCGUUAUCAUCCCGGGGAGUAAAAUCAACUUGCGGAAGAUCCGAACGCAAUCCCUGCACUAGAAAUAAGGAAGAUUCCAAUUCCAUUUGUGGUAGGUCUGGAAAAUGCUACGAUAAGUGGCAUCAAAUAGCUUGCCAGUGUGGUAGAGUUACUGCUCCUAAUUGUCAGGGAGCACUAGAACCAGUGAAUUUGAGCGAAGGCGGCUACGUAGAAUUUAAGAUCUCAGAGAAACAUCGUCGAAUGCAACUCUUGGAAUAUCUUUAUGGUGGUUCUACUUUAUGGCAUAAACAUCGAGUCACAAGAGCUAUAAAUGAAGAUACACUCUUCACUUCAAGUCCACCUCCAGCAAAAACGAUCAGCUUGAUGUUCAGAACUGUGAAACCCGAUGGAGUCUUGAUAUACGCUGCUACUAAUAAGCACUUUACUUCGGUCGAGCUGAGUAAUGGACACUUGAUGUAUGCAUCUCUGCUUGGAUCUCCAGUCAAUAUGACAGGAUCCGUAGAAGGAAGCUUGGCAGACGGUCGUUGGCACAACUUAACUCUUCACGCCCACUCUCGAGGUCUAAAACUCCUCAUUGAUGGCAACUUAGCAGGUGAUGAAUUGGAUUCCGCAGGUGUUCACGAUUUUUUGGAUCCCUAUUUGUCAAUUCUUACUAUCGGAGGAAUCAGACAAGACCUCUACUAUGUCCAUAACAAUGGAGGACCCAAGAGUUUCGAAGGUUGUCUAGCAAACUUCACAAUCAAUGGAGAACUCCAGCCUUUUAACGGCUCUGGAUCAAUAUUAAAAGAUGUCAUCUACCAUGGAAAAGUCGGUCUUGGUUGCAGAGGAGCAAUCGGAAUUUCCGCAGCAGCUGCAGCAGAUCCUCUCAGUAUCGGAAUAACUCUCGUAAUCGUGUUCUUCAUCACACUCUUAGUCGCCAUCUUGGUCAGUUUUGUUGUCUUUCGACUCAGAAGACAGAGCAAAGAAAAAUCAGCAACGACUGUGGUCAACAAAAGUACGAAUGCCAUCAUCACCGGAAAUAAUUUAGUCGGUUCUCAAGGCGACAACAUACUCUCGAGACAUGAAAACACCUACAUAUCCGACACCUCCGACUUACGAGGUGUCGGUCAUCUGGGACCUGAAUUGAUAUCAAAGAAGUACAAAGAGCGCGAGAUAAACGCAAGCGAGCAUCGACCUCAACGACCCGACAUUAUCGAGAGAGAAGUCACGAAGUCUCCUCCAAUCCGGGACGAGCAUCUUCCACUUCCCCCGCCAACUCAGAACUCCCUUCACUCUCAUGAACAUAAUCCCGAGCCGGAUAUGCCCGAGCAUUACGAUCUUGAGAAUGCGAGUUCGAUCGCUCCAAGCGAUAUUGACAUAGUCUAUCAUUACCAGGGCUACCGAGCCGGGAUGAGGAAAUACAAAGCAACCUCUCCACCCAUUGGAAACUAUGCUAACCACCACAAACACAACGGACAACAACACCGUCACACAGCGCCCUUUCCACCCAGAGCGAUGCCACCUCCACAAGUUGGCCAACCUCCAGGAUCUACCCAAAAGCUUCACCAGAGUACUCCACUAGCUCGACUUUCCCCCAGCAGUGAGUUAUCUGCUCAACAACCGCGGAUUCUCACUCUCCACGAUAUCAGCGGAAAGCCACUCCAAAGUGCUCUUCUGGCAACGACCUCCUCUUCUGGAGGAGUUGGAAAAGACGCCCUUAAUUCCAACAGCGAGAGGAGUCUCAACUCUCCAAUCAUGAGCCAACUUUCUGGGUCCACUGCCAGUCGGAAAGUUCCUCAAUCAAAUGAGACCGUCAACAAUGUUUCUUCGGGACCAAUGGGUCUAACCGCUGAGGAAAUCGAGAGGCUCAAUUCAAGACCGAGGACUUCGAGUCUCGUUUCCACACUGGAUGCUGUGAGCUCAUCGAGUGAAGCGAGAGGACCUCCAACCCAUGGUCCUCUUCAUCUGCACAGAAGGCACACCCCGCCACCUGAGAGACUGAAGAGGCGCACUUCUUCAACUACGGACGAGAGCGGUAACGAUAGCUUCACCUGUUCGGAAAUCGAGUACGAUAACAACUCUUUGGUCGAGGAUAAACGAUCGGAUGACUUGUUUAGCAAACCAGAAGAUGAGGUUCCCGACAGGACGAGCGAGUCCUCGCCGUCCACCAAACCUCCCCUACCGCCGAACAUCAACUACGACGGGUUUGACAGCUCAUUUCGGGGGUCGCUGAGCACCUUGGUGGCUUCUGAUGACGAUCUCUCGACACACAUGGGAGGACUCUAUAGGCCGACUACCAAUGGGUCGCCAUCGGCCAACACCGCCCUCAGCUGGGAUUAUCUUUUAAAUUGGGGACCAAACUUUGAAAGUUUGGUUGGCGUAUUUAUAGAUAUUGCUGAACUACCUGAUAGUACUAACAGGGUGCCGAAUACUCUUAGAUUACCGGCUAAUAUUCCCAAACCGUCAGAGGAAUACGUUUGAGAGGUCCACGUUUUUAUACAUUCAUGUUAGAACUAGGUAUAUUCUUGACAAGUAUUUUUAUCUCACCUAAAUUCUUUUGAAUUCAUUUAAAUUGCAAUUGCAAACUCUUCCAAUUUUUCUAGACGUACAAUCCGAGAGAGUUUCUUUUAACAUGGGGGUAUCGAUUUUUUUUUGUUAAAGUUGUUAAAAUGUUUUUAAGUGUAGCGAUUCUUGGGAGAUUGAGUUUUUAUAUCUUGUAAUUUUGGACGUUUAGUUCAAGAUGUUGUGAGUUUUACUUGAACACUAAAAUUCGAAACCUUUCAACUAACGCUACAUUAAUCGGCAUGUUGUAGACCUGCCAACGCCUCUGACGGAAUAUCACAAUUUUCCGAACCAGGCAUGACUGAUGUGAGAUAAUUUAAAAAAUUGUUCUUGCCAUAAAAUGUUCUCUAAGCGAAAUGAAAUACACAAGAGAAAUCUAGGUUUAACAAUUAAAAAGCUAGAACUUAAGAGAUAUAUUUUUUAAAGUAUCCUGACAUCUUGUAUCAGGAUGUCAGCGAGUUUGUACAGACAAUAGCGAAAAAUUGCCCAAUUUAAUAAGCUACUUUAGGAUGCCUGUAAUUAUAUAUAAAUUAAGAUAUGGUGCAAUGUUCUUAUAAUUUUAUUGCGACUCUCAGACAACUUUGUUAGAACAUAGAAGCAAUUGGAUAUCCAGGCUUUCCUAACAGUUCAAUUAUUAUUUCUGAACCCGAUUUAAUAUUUUUGUAUAUUUGCCAAAUUUGAUAUUGAAAUUAGGGAAAGUUUGAAAAGUCGCCCUUCGCAUUUCUAGCCAUAAUCGUAAUGAAACAAUAGACGUUGUUGACAACGCCAGACUGAUUUCGUAAUCAUUACGAUACUGCCAUGAAAAACUCUUUUCCAUUGCCUACGUGAGUCAUCGAAUGCUUUGUAAAUUAUAACUCUUUGUUUGUAAAUAUUCUGCGUGACUGACUUGUACAAACAAAAAAAAAUGAAAUGAAUCAGUAAAAUGUGUGCUAAUGAAUGUUUUGUGUACGUGUGCUAUUUACAAGAU